AUGAAUAAAGUCUGCCCUGUACCAGCCAUGAAUAAAGUCUGCCCUGUACCAGCCAUUAAUAAAAACUGCCCUGUACCAGCCCUGAAUAAAGUCUGCCCUGUACCAGCCAUGAAUAAAGUCUGCCCUGUACCAGCCAUGAAUAAAAACUGUCCUGUACCAGCCAUGAAUAAAAACUGCCCUGUACCAGCCCUGAAUAAAGUCUGCCCUGUACCAGCCAUGAUUAAAGUCUGCCCUGUACCAGACAUUAAUAAAGUCAGCCAUGUACCUGACAUUAAUAAAGUCUGCCCUGUACCAGCCAUGAAUAAAGUCUGCCCUGUACCAGCCAUUAAUAAAAACUGCCCUGUGCCAAACAUUAAUAAAGUCUACCCUGUACCAGCCAUUAAUAACAAGAUGUAG